CUGUCACGUGAUUGUGUUCCGGAAGUAGCCUGUCCAGAAAUUGUUUUCCAAAGUCUAGAAGUCUUCAAUCCUCCAGCCGUAUCCAGCCUUCACUAUGAGCGAGGGACAUUACCUAGAACUAUGUGAGAACCCAGUCCAAUUUGAAAAUGCCUCCAGCGUCAAUAAUGUGUUCUUUGACGAAGCUAAUAAACAGGUGUUUGCAGUCCGGUCAGGCGGGGCUACAGGAGUGGUGGUCAAAGGACCAGAUGAUAAGAGCUCUGCAGCGUUCAGAAUGGACGACAAAGGGGAGGUGAAAUGCAUCAAGUUUUCUAUUGGGAAUAAGAUCCUUGCAGUCCAAAGAACACCUAAAUCUGUGGAUUUUAUUAAUUUUGUUCCAGAUUUCCCCCAUCUGGAGUUUUCUCAGGAAUGCAAGACUAAGAACGCCAGUGUGCUGGGCUUCUGCUGGACCAACUGGAACGAGAUCGUCUUCAUCACAGACCAGGGGAUAGAGUUCUACCAGGUGUUCCCAGACAAGCGCAGUGUGAAGCUGCUGAAGAGUCAGAGCAUCAAUGUGAACUGGUACAUCUACUGUCCUGAGACGGCUGUGCUGCUGCUGUCCACCACCGUGCAGGGAAACGUCCUGCAGCCCUUCGCCUUCAAGAGUGGAACCAUGUCUAAGAUGAACAAGUUUGAGAUUGAACUGCCGGUGGUGCCCAAGCCAGCCAAGCUGAGCCUGUCAGAGAGGGACAUCGCCGUGGCAACCAUUUAUGGCCAGCUGUAUGUGAUGUACUUGAAGCACCACUCCAGAACAGCAAACAGCCCCAGUGCUGAGGUUGUUCUCUACCACCUACCAAGGGAGGGUUCCUGUAAGAAGACCAACGUGCUGAAGCUGAACACCACGGGGAAGUUUGCCCUCAACGUGGUUGACAACCUAGUGGUGGUUCAUCACCAGAGCUCCCAGACCUCCAGUGUUUUCGACAUAAAGAUGAGGGAGGCUGACUGUCCUCCCAGCGUCCACCAGCCUGUCCUGCCAGCCCGGUCCAUCCACCCCUACAGAAUCCCCCUCACAGGGCCUGCUGCUGUGCCCACCCAGCCUCCUGUGCCAUGUGAACUCUACUCCUCCUCCUGGAGUGUGUUCCAGCCUGACAUCAUCAUCAGUGCCAGUGAAGGCUACCUGUGGUACAUACAGGUGAAGCUGCCCCCAGCAGUCAACCUCCUUCAGGACAAGGGCAAACUCAUGGACUUCCUGCUCCGACGCCGAGACUGCAAGAUGGUCAUCCUGUCUGUCUGCUCUCAGAUGCUUGUGGGGGGAGAUAAGGGCAGUGUACAAGUGGUGGCCACAGUGUUCGAUAAACUCAACCAAGUUUACAAAGAGUAUCUGGAAGCAGAGCAGUCCUAUACUGUGGCAAUGGAGUCCGGCCCUAGUCGAGGUAGUGCUGCUCACAAACGGCCAGUUCGGACCCAGGCAGUCAUCGACCAAUCAGACAUGUACACCCAUGUCCUCUCCUCCUUUACCGAGAGAAAGGGAGUGUGUCAUAAGUUCAUCAUCGCAGUGCUGAUGGAGUACAUCCGCUCGCUCAACCACUUCCACAUCACUGUACAGCACUACCUGUAUGAGCUGGUGAUCAAGACGCUGGUCCAGCACAACCUGCUCUACAUGCUGCACCAGCUGCUGCAGUACCACGUCCUCAGCGACUCCAAACCCCUGGCCUGUCUGCUGCUGUCACUGGAGAGCACCUACCCCCCCGCUCACCAGCUGUCUCUGGACAUGCUGAAGCGUCUGUCGACAGCUAACGAUGAGAUAGUGGAGGUUCUGCUCUCCAAGCAGCAGGUUCUGGGUGCGCUGAGGUUCAUCCGAAGCGUUGGUGGCCAUGACAACAUCUCUGCCAGGAAGUUUCUGGAUGCGGCGCGGCACACGGAUGACAGCAUGCUCUUCUACACCAUCUUCAGGUUCUUCGAACAGAGGAAUCUUCGCCUGCGCGGCAGCCCCAACUUUAACCCAGGGGAACACUGUGAGGAACAUGUCAGCUUCUUCAAGCAGAUGUUUGGAGAGCAGGCAUGAAGCCAGCCACCGCCUGACAUGCAUCACAUGUACCAACACAUAAUGUCAGAUGAACAGGCUUAGUCACGCCCACUCUGACCCUGUCAGUAGGACCGUCUCAUAAUGACAUCACUGUGACAUCAUCACUGUAGGAACCCUACUCUGUAAAGUAUAUGAAGAACAAUUUUCACUAAUAUUAACUUAAGGUACUGUACAUAAUUUUCCAAACAAUGUAUGAACAAUUUUAAGUCUAAUAAUAUUACUGGUGUGACUGUAACCAGCCCAUGUGUAAAUAUGUGGAAACCCAAUUACUUUUGUUGCCAUAUUGGUCAACUUGAUCAAAUGUAUGAAUUAGUAUGAGAAAACAAUUUGUGUGUGUGCACGCUUGCAAUGGUGAGACUGAAUGAGAAACACAUUUCUAUGGACUUAAAAGCAGAACUGUCCUGUAAACCUCUAAAAGAAAGUGUGGAUGAUGUAGGUAAUAAGUAAUUAUGAAUAAAGCUGGUGGAUGUCCAUGUACAUGUCCAUAUCUAAGGUGUGGCUUUAUUUUACAGCCUUUUAUCACAUUUAGCAUCACAGCAGAAGGUUUUCAUCUAAUUUAAGAAGUGCACAGGUGUUACGUGGAUAAACUUGUGUUGAAGGAGAGACCUGGAGUCCUAUUGUGACAUCAGUGUAUUUGUGUCCUCUAACACCGUGUCCUACCUGGAUGCAAGCGACGGGACGUGAGCGACGGGACGCAGCGCAACGUUUUGGCUGAACUUUGUCAGACGCCCUGUUUCUAUUUUUUUGCUCACGUUGAAAGCUCUGUAGCAUAUGAAGUCAGAGUAACGUGGUUAGUGUGCAUGACGUAACAGAAGUGAAUUUGACGGAUUCAAUGUGGACAGAGAGCGUCCGGUUCUGCGCGACAGUCGUACGCUUGCAUCCAGUUAGGGCAUGGUGUAAUGCUGCAGUCACAUAAGAA